AUGGCGUCAACCGUCAGCCUUCUCAAGGCCACCGUUUACGUCCGUCUCUGCUGCUACUCGGUGAGAGCAGGAAGCAGCAGCAGAAACUUGCGGCUUCUACAGCCCUCUCUUUACCGUCUCAAACGGCUGACACCUAAACCACUCUCUUGCUCUGCGACGCACGGCCCGUUCUCGCCUGAGGUGCCGCGGGCUCCACCGCGGGAGUGGCCUCUGCCCCCUCCCGAUGACGUGCCAGGUAUCGACAUCCCGCCGGAGAUCGUACCGCCUCCUCAGGUCGACCCGCCACAGCCGAGGACUCCGGAACCAACACCUGGGCCGGACUUUCCACGGCCGCCCAUCCCUUCCCCGCCUGAGCCUGAGAUACCGGUGCCGCCCCCGGAUAUCUUGCCACGCCAACCUCCUCCCGAGGUCCUUCCGCCGAACCCUUCGGAGAUCGAGCCGCCACUGUCGUCGUCGGAGGUCGAGACGCCCGGCACGGUCAUGGCUUCUUUGUUCUGA